AAAAAUGUAUCAAUAAUUAAGAUUGUAUUUAUAAGUAGACGAAAGCUUUUAUAUUUUAAUUUUACGAUCAAAAAUUAAUAAUAAUAUUAGUCAUAUAUUAAUUUACUCUUUUUAGGAUAGUUUUAAAAUAAUAUGUAUAACGGAAUUGGCUUAUAAACUCCCAGAGGUUCUGGUACUUCUGGCUAUAUUUAGAGAAAUCUCAGUCACUUUAAAAAAGAUCUGAGAAGUAGAGAUGAUUUCCUUAAAAAACUGAAAGAAAUUCAUGAAAAACCAAUUGAAAUCAGAAAGGCUAAUCCUGAAAUUAUAGAACAUGAAAAAAAGAGAGAAAUUUAAGUAAAGUUAAUGGAGUUAAGAGAUAAAUUAGAAGAACUAGGAGAAAGUGAAGAUAAAAUAUAAGAAAAAUUAAAUAAGUUGGAAGAAAAGCUAAGAACUAAAAUGGAAAAGGGCGAAAUAGAUUUAACAAAGAAUGAUCACUCGAAAACAGUAGCAAAAUAAAAUGAAUAUGAAAAAAUGAAAAAUGCAUUUUAAAUUGAGGAAAAAUACACUUCAGGAAAAGCAUUUGACUUUGAUGGAUAAAAGAGAGAGAAAAUGGAGAGAGAAUAUGAAAAAGAAGUAAAGAAAACUGAAAGAAUUAGAGAUUAUAUUGAGAAAAAAAUUGAAGAGAAAAGACAGAAAAAAAGAGAAGAAAAAGAAAAAAGGAAAGAAGAGAAGAAAAGACUUAAAGCUGAAAAAAAAGAGAAAAAAAAUCUUAUAAAAAAACGUAGUAAAUCAUCAAGCAGUAGUGGAAGCGAAGGUAGUAGUGAUGAAGAAAAAGAAGAUUAAAAACAAUAAAAAAUAUAAUCAAAGAGAUAUCAAAGUGAAAGUAGUUCACCAAAGAGACAAAAUGAAUCAAAAAAUAGAUAAAAAAAAGAUUCUAGAGAAUAUAAUCGUUAAGCAAGAUCAAAUAGUUCUUUAAGUAGUGGAGAGGUUUCAUCAGAUAAAAAAGGAAAAGAAAGUAAAUAUUAAGAUUCAAGACAAAGAGACUAUAAGUCAUCAGAUAAGAAUAAAUAAUCAGGAAGAAAUAGAAGAAGCCCUUCAUCUGACUAUGAUAAGAGAAGAAAUAAAAAUGAAAGCAUGAGACGUAAAGCAUCUUUAUCUGAUGAAGAGAAAAAUAAUGAUAAACCUUUGAGAUAAAGAAGAUAGUCUUCAAACUCUCCAAAGGAGAUUAAAGAUAAAAAUAAACCUGAGAGAAAAAGAAAGGAAUCAUCCUAAUCAUCAGGCAGAUCAAAAUCAUCUUCUAACGAAUCUCUAUCCGGCUAAUCUAAAUAGCAAUCCUCCGAAUAGGAGAGUGGUUAAUAAUCUUCCGCUUCCUCAUUAUCAUCAACUCCUCAACGUAAAAGAAGAUAAUCAAGAAGUAGAUCUAGAUCUCCUAAAAAAAGUGAAUCAACUAAAUAGUAGUAACAAAAAAGUUAUAGAAAGUGA